AUGACCGUCUCACAAUCUCUCGUUCUUUACAGCCCACCCACACCAACCACACUGUCGACCAGACCAAGCGCAACCUCACUCAUUCCUGCGAACUUCUUCACUCAACAAACUGGCACCGCAAUUGCAACUGAACUACUCUACCGCAUUCUCUUCAAUAUCAUCCAGCGCUUCUUGAACUCGUUCCAGCGGCUCGCAUCCAAGGGUAUGGAUCAAUGCUCUUCCUGGCUUGAGCGCAAGAUGCACGAGCGCCGCGAGCGACAGGCCAAUGCGAAAGAUGAGCUCAAGAUUGUUCAGGAAGUAGGCAAGCUGGCAGCCCAGAGAGGAUUCAUCACCUGCCCAAUGAUUGACACUGAUACGAAUGGAGGAGGGCUGCAACCGCCGAGAUGGGUGAGAGGCGUGCUUGAGGGGAUUGAGGAAGGCAGAAUGGAAGAGAAGGACUUUUGGAUCCACACGCAUACUGGGUGA